AUGAAACUGCAAGGGAAGCUGGAAAUCAAGUUGCAAGUCAAGUUGCAGGGCAAGUUGGAGAUCCACCUGCAAGUCAAGUUGCAGGGCAAGUUGGAGAUCCACCUGCAAGUCAAGUUGCAGGGCAAGUUGGAGAUCCACCUGCAAGUCAAGUUGCAGGGCAAGUUUCAGAUAGAUCUUGGAAAGACCUCUACCGUCACUGGUCUUAUCGUACAAGGCAGAUACAACCUGACACAAUGGGUUACGUCUGUAAAGGUGUCCUAUUCGCUGGAUGACGUGACAUGGACUUAUGCUUUGGAACCACAAUGUGGUGAACAAAAAGUCUACGCAGCAAACUACAAUGAAUACACUCCCGAGACUAUACUAUUCCCUCGACCAAUCACUGCUCGAUACGUCAGAAUACACCCACUCACGUGGCAUGGGCACCAGGCCAUGAGAUAUGAAGUUCUUGGCAUAGCUGGAUAGACUGAAGUUUUAAAGCAUG